AUGGCCUCCGUGAUGGUACUCGUGGCGGGGCCUGGAGAGACCGCAGUGCUCGACGAGUGUUGCGGCUUCACUGCGCAGCGCUGCUCCGCAAAGGCCGCAGUGACGCGCAGCUGCGGCGAGACGCUCUCCACCUUGAUCGAGUGCGAUGCCGCUUUGGAGUACGAGGAGCCAUCGACGGCAGAAACGGCCACACGAUCGGCCGCUGUCAUGCUCGGCGUGCGCGGGGUUCGUCGCUUGCGACGAAUUGCGGGCGAGGAGCUGUCGGUGACGUCACGCUCAUGCUUCGCCAGCACCAUGCGGGUGACGAAUACACCGCUCUCGCCAUCGUCAUUGUUAUGGCGGUUUGUGUUGCCGUGGCUGUCCUGA